CCACUGAGGCGUUUUUUGGUGGGCCCGCAGGCCGUCAGCAUCAAGCUCCACCCCCUGUACGUGAUGCUCCCCUGCACCGUCGCCGCCUCGCUGGCCUUCAUGCUGCCCGUGGCCACGCCCCCCAACGCCAUCGCCUUCUCCUUCGGGAACCUGCGAGUCAUGGACAUGGUCAAGGCGGGCCUGAUGCUGAACGUCAUCGGGAUCCUCAGCAUCAAUUUGGGCAUCAACACGUGGGGCCGCGUCAUGUUCGACAUGGACACCUUCCCCACCUGGGCCAACGUCUCGCGAGCCUAGCUCGCAGGGGGGGGGGACAGCGCCCUUCGGCUCGGGCCUCUCCCCGCUUGGAUCCCGCUUCCAAAUGUGCCGUCCGUCCGUCCGCCUGCGCACUCCCGAACUUUGACCGCUUCAUCCACAUGAGAUUGUUUGAUCGUUUUAGGGUGGGCCAUAAGUCUUUUAGGAUCUGCACACGUGUGGAUACAGAAGCGAGUGAGAGAGCCCCCCGAGGAUCUUGAGUUUGAGUUUCCCAAGUGUGCCGACUUGCGCCCCUCCCCCUCUACUUUUGCGUUGGGGCAGGAGGUCCCGCCUGAAAAGAAAAGAAAUCUCCGAAUGAA